AGGCUGCACUCAGAUCUGGAAACAGAUGUGGGGAUCCCCAUACUAAAGUGUGCAGCAGGCCACGUGAAGCCCCUCCUCCCACCCCCGCCUGCCCCUCAGAAGCCCUGGAUGCCCUGCCCCUUGAGGAACUGGCCAAACCGUCAUCUUUGGAUUUUAAUGCUAUUUCUUCCCCAGUGUUUAUUGUUGAAUGCCCAACUGGAUGGAAAUAGUUUCUGUUUUCAAGAGGGAAAAAGGCUGCAGGGAUAUGAUUCAAGUUGAUCUGCUCAUAUAUAAUGUUUGCUUUUCAUUUCUGAUAAAGAGACAUAAUUUUUUCUUUUUAAAAGAAGAAUGUGUUAAAACAGACAAAUUAGCCAGAAUGAAGGUAGAAGCAGCAGAGGGUUUAUUCCCGGGAAACCACCCUGACUCACACCCGUGAGCAGUGGCAAGUCCUCACACUAAGCCUUGGAGUUUCCCAAUCAGGGCGCCUCUGCUCCUCAGAGACUCCGGGGAAGUAAGGAAAAUAACAUUACUUUCUGCAAAUGGAAUAAGAAAAUCUGCCCAAGACCAAUCCUCCAGUGUGAGCCCAUUUCAUAAUAUUUCCAAGGGCGGCUUGCACCUUCCCACCCCUCCCAGCCUCUUCUUGUCCUGAGGCUGGAGAUGCUGCAGCCAGGAGAGGCAUGGAGGAUGUCUCGCCUCUCUUGCUAGUUCCAGAGACCCUUUUCCAGGUGGGGGCCUGGCUGGUCUUCAAAUUGGCCGAGCCAUCCUCCUGAGGCAGGUGUUAUCUGGUAAACAGAGCUGCGUAACAACAUUGUGAAUGCACCGGGACUGAUGGACCGGAAGUGAUGAGGUGGGUUGGCCAGCCCUGAGUGGGCUUUUGGGUGGGGAUAGGAUGACAGUGACGUCUCGGGCAAGGUUCUCUGUAGGAGAUAAAGUGGGUGUGGGGUGCAGCCAGUAACGGUGACGGUCAUUUGGCUCAAGGUGCGGUGACUCAGACUAGAGAGGCAACACUGUGACUGGAAAGAAAAUAAAAGUCUAAAAAAAAAUUAUGAAAAUGAGAAAUCAUCAAUAUUUCUUCCUCUCCUUUUACUUCUCUUUUUGCUCAGGCUGGAUUCUGAGAAAACAGCAAGUUAAGGUUCUUAUUCUUGGGGAAAAUGGCCUGCUACCAGUCGCUUGGCCAAACAUGUCAUGAAAAAGCACAAGGGCUUCAGAAGGGUGGAAAAAGUGCCACUCCCACAGCAGAUGCAGAGGGGGGCUGCACUGUGGGCUCAUCAACCUUGAGGAUCAUCCUGGUGGGCAAGACAGGCAGCGGGAAGAGCGCCACGGGCAACAGCAUCCUCUGCCGCCCAGCCUUUGAGUCCAGGCUGGGGGCCCAGUCGGUGACCAGCAAGUGCCGGGAGGAGACGGGUACGUGGGAGGGGAGGACCGUCCUGGUGGUCGAUACGCCCCCCAUCUUUGAGGCAAGGGCCUGGACUCAACAGACAUACAGGGACAUUGGAGACUGCUACUUGCAGUCGGCCCCAGGGCCCCACGUGCUGCUCCUGGUGACCCAGCUGGGGCGCUUCACCGCCCAGGACACGAUGGCAGUGAGGAGGGUGAAGGAGGUCUUCGGGGCAGAAACCAUGAGGCACAUGGUCGUCUUGUUCACCCACAAGGAAGACUUGGGGAACGAGUCCCUGGAUGAGUAUGUGGUGAACACGGACAACCACGGCCUGCAGGUCCUGGUGGGGGAGUGCGGGAGGAGGUACUGUGCCUUCAACAACCGGGCAGCCGGCCAGGAGCAGCGUGACCAGCUGGCGGAGCUCAGGGCUGUGCUGGACAGGCUGGAGCGUGAGCUCGAAGGCUCCUUCCUCAGCAAUGACCUCUUCCUUCAGGCCCACGUGCUGCGCCAGGGCGGUGAUGCUGCCCGCCGGGAAGGUCACGGGCGCUACCUGGCCCAGGUGAGGCAGCAGGUGGAGAAGCAGAGGCGAGAGCUGAAAGAGGUGGAGAGCAAUGGCGUGUGCAGGGCGCUCCUCAGAGCCCAAAACUGGGUGAUUUUACACAAGGAGAUCUGUGCUGUUUGUAUUUGGUGCAGCUUAUUUAUUCUCCUGAUUUUUCUGAUCAUAUAUUUUCAUGUGUGAAGCUUUGUAUCUUAGAGCAUUUUCUACAGUGUCACCUCGCCUAUGCACUGCCCUGAGUGUCACUGAUUUAGAAAUCACUUCGUGGUCUGCAGACACCGCUUGUCUGGACAGCACUCGAGAGUUCCCUUUCUUUUGCAUAGAUUUCCAGUGACCUCUGCCCUGAACUCCAAACUUGGUGGGUCUGGGUGUGGUGCCUGGAACUUCAGCAGCUGUUUUGCUAUCAACCUGAGGUAGAAACAAAACUUCAGAGCAGAACAGGAAGAUGCAACAAAAACAAGCCUGGGAAUCACCCAGCCCUACUCUAUCUCUGCAUUUUCAAUUAUGUGAGCCAAUAAAUUUCCCAACAUUGUAAGCUA